ACAGCAGCUGGGGACAGAGCCAGCCCAGGGCAUCCACGCUCUGGGGAGGAGCUGGAGAGGACAGGCAGGUCAGUGUCUGGAAGGGCAGUGGGAAGUGCAGCAGGGUGCUGGAUUUGGGGCAGGUCACUGGUUUUUCAUGGGGCCACCACGUCCAAGCCCCUCUGAGUUCCUGCAUCCAGGGGAAGGGAGAAUCCCUUGCGGUGCAGCUCUCUGUGGGGUCUGCUCUGAGACCACCCUCCCUCACCCCAGGCUUUUUGGGGGGCUGCUGCGAGACAUCCAGAGGAAGGCACCGUGGUAUGGCAGCGACUUCUCCGACGCCCUGCACCCUCAGUGCCUCUCAGCAGUGCUCUACAUCUACCUGGCGACAGUCACCAAUGCCAUCACCUUUGGGGGCAUGCUGGGGGACGCAACCGCCAACAUGCAGGGCGUGCUGGAGAGCUUCCUGGGCACAGCCUUUGCUGGCUUCAUCUUCUGCCUCUUUUCGGGCCAACCUCUGACCAUCCUGAGCAGCACUGGCCCCGUGCUUGUCUUUGAGCGCCUCCUCUUCUCCUUCAGCCAGGAUCACAGCCUGGACUACCUGGAGUUCCGCCUCUGGAUUGGGCUCUGGGUGGCCUUUUUUGGUGUGGUGCUGGUGGCCACCGAGGCCAGUCACCUGGUGCGGUACUUCACGCGCUUCACCGAGGAAGGCUUCUGUGCACUCAUCAGCCUGAUAUUCAUCUACGACUCCCUGAAGAAGAUGCUGAGCCUGGCAGAUGCCUUCCCCAUCAACUGGCAGUACCGGCUGGACAACGUCACCUCCUACAGCUGCACCUGCAACUUGUCCAGCCCUGGUGAGCCCAAGGAGCUGUGGGUGGGUGGGGAGCAGGAAGCUGCUGCCCCAGGAUGCCCUAGGGUGAGCCCAAGGUGUGACCUCUCCUCACCACCCACCUUGUCCCUGCAGCCUCCUGCCGCCCCAGCAGGGCUGAGCAGGACCCAGUGCCUGGGUCGAGGUGGGCAUCUCCUGGGGACCAGCUGCCAGUAUGUGCCCGAUGUCACCCUCAUCUCCUUCCUGCUCUUCGGGGGCACCUUCCUCUUCUGCAUCGCACUCAAGCGCUUCAGGAGCAGCCGCUACUUCCCUGUGGGGGUGCGGAAGCUGGUGAGCGACUUCGCUGUCAUCCUGGCCAUCCUCGCCUCCUGCGCUGUCGAUGCUGUCCUGGGCCUGGAGACCCCCAAGCUCCUUGUCCCCAGCGAGCUGAAGCCCACAAACCCAGCACGGGGCUGGAUCAUUUUCCCCUUUGGAGCCAACCCAUGGUGGGUCUGCCUGCUGUCCGCGGUGCCUGCUGUCCUUGUCACCAUCCUCAUUUUCAUGGACCAGCAGAUCACAGCUGUCAUUCUUAACCGCAGCGAGUACAAGCUGCAGAAAGGAGCAGGGUUCCACCUGGACCUCCUCUGUGUCUCCCUCCUGAUGGUUGUCACCUCUGUCACCGGCCUCCCCUGGUACGUCUCAGCCACCGUCAUCUCCCUGGCACACAUGGAGAGCCUGAGGAAGGAGAGUGCAACCUCAGCCCCCGGCGAGCACCCCGAGUUCCUGGGCAUCAGGGAGCAGAGGCUGACAGGCCUGGCUGUCUUCAUCCUGAUGGGAGUCUCUGUCUUCAUGGCCCCCGUGCUCAAGCACAUCCCGAUGCCGGUGCUCUAUGGGGUGUUCCUGCACAUGGGGGUGACGGCGCUGAACAGCAUCCAGCUCACGGACCGUGUGCGGCUGCUCCUGAUGCCGGCCAAGCACCAGCCAGACCUCGCCUACCUCCGCCACGUGCCCCUGCGCCGGGUGCACCUCUUCACCAUCAUCCAGCUGCUCUGCCUGGCCCUGCUCUGGGUCCUCAAGUCCACCGUGGCCGCGAUUAUUUUCCCAGUGAUGGUUGAAUCAUUUAUUUUGGACCAAGAAGAUCUUGAUAACCCAGUACUUAAAACCACAUCGGAGUUAUUCUUAUCGAGUGCUGCAGAAGGUGCGGACUUGAGAACUGUGGAUCCAGAAACACAAGCAAGACUUGAAGCCUUACUGGAGGCAGCAGGAAUUGGUAAAUUGUCCACUGCCGAUGGCAAAGCCUUCGCAGAUCCCGAGGUUCUUCGGAGACUGACGUCGUCCGUCAGCUGCGCGCUGGACGAGGCGGCCGCCGCGCUGACGCGGAUGAGAGCCGAGAACAAUCACAACAACGGACAGGUGGACAAUCGCAGUCUGGCAGAAGCAUGCUCCGAUGGGGAUGUCAAUGCUGUCCGGAAGCUGCUGGAUGAAGGACGGAGCGUAAAUGAACAUACUGAAGAAGGGGAGAGUCUGCUUUGCUUGGCCUGCUCAGCAGGAUAUUAUGAAUUGGCACAAGUGCUUCUAGCCAUGCACGCCAACGUUGAAGACCGAGGGAAUAAAGGCGACAUCACUCCCUUGAUGGCAGCUGCCAGUGGAGGCUACGUGGAUAUCGUUAAACUCCUCCUUGUCCAUUGUGCAGAUGUCAAUGCACAGUCCUCCACAGGGAACACAGCUCUGACGUACGCCUGUGCCGGGGGCUUUGUGGACGUGGUGAAGGUGCUACUGAAAGCUGGUGCUAACAUAGAAGACCACAAUGAGAACGGACAUACCCCCCUGAUGGAAGCAGCCAGUGCAGGGCAUGUCGAGGUUGCAAGAGUAUUGCUGGAAUAUGGUGCAGGAAUCAACACUCACUCCAACGAGUUCAAAGAAAGUGCACUUACACUCGCAUGCUAUAAAGGCCAUUUAGAUAUGGUUCGUUUUUUGCUUGAAGCUGGAGCUGAUCAAGAGCACAAAACAGAUGAGAUGCACACGGCGCUGAUGGAGGCCUGCAUGGACGGGCACGUGGAGGUGGCACGGCUGCUGUUGGACAGCGGUGCCCAGGUGAACAUGCCCGCGGAUUCCUUCGAAUCCCCGCUCACUCUGGCAGCUUGUGGCGGGCACGUGGAGCUGGCAGCGCUUCUGAUCGAGCGAGGAGCCAACCUGGAGGAGGUUAAUGAUGAAGGUUACACACCUCUGAUGGAAGCUGCCCGGGAAGGCCACGAAGAGAUGGUGGCCUUGCUGCUGGCACAAGGGGCAAAUAUUAACGCACAGACAGAAGAAACGCAGGAAACAGCCCUGACCCUGGCCUGCUGCGGAGGCUUCUCUGAAGUCGCUGACUUCCUUAUUAAGGCAGGAGCUGAUAUAGAGCUUGGUUGCUCAACACCUUUGAUGGAAGCUGCUCAAGAGGGCCAUCUUGAACUGGUGAAAUACUUGCUGGCAGCAGGAGCCAAUGUUCAUGCCACUACAGCAACGGGAGAUACAGCUUUGACCUACGCCUGUGAAAAUGGACACACAGAUGUGGCAGAUGUGUUGCUUCAGGCUGGUGCUGAUCUGGAGCACGAAUCUGAAGGUGGGAGAACCCCACUAAUGAAGGCUGCACGAGCUGGUCACUUAUGCACCGUGCAAUUCCUUAUUAGCAAAGGUGCCAAUGUGAACAGGGCUACAGCCAACAAUGAUCACACAGUGGUGUCCCUGGCCUGUGCUGGAGGUCACCUGGCCGUGGUUGAGCUUCUCCUGGCUCACGGGGCAGAUCCUACUCAUCGGCUCAAGGAUGGCUCAACAAUGCUCAUCGAAGCUGCCAAGGGAGGACACACAAAUGUUGUUUCUUACUUGCUGGAUUACCCAAACAAUGUUCUGUCGGUUCCUGCAGCAGACUUGUCCCAGCUCACACCUCCAUCUCAGGAUCAGUCUCAGGUUCCCCGUGUCCCGGUGCAUACGCUCGCUAUGGUUGUACCUCCCCAGGAGCCUGACAGGACCCCUCAAGAGAACUCCCCACCUCUCUUGGGAGUGGUGAAAGGUGCAUCCAAGCAGAAGUCAAGUUCCCUGCAGGUAGCAGAUAAGGACCUACUGCCACCUUUUCACCCAUACCAACCUUUGGAAUGCAUAGUAGAAGAGACUGAAGGCAAGCUGAAUGAACUUGGACAGAGAAUUAGUGCUAUUGAAAAAGCACAACUUAAAUCAUUGGAAUUAAUUCAAGGUGAACCUUUAAAUAAAGAUAAGAUUGAAGAACUUAAAAAGAACAGAGAAGAACAAGUACAGAAGAAGAAGAAAAUAUUGAAGGAGCUGCAGAAGGUGGAAAGGCAGUUGCAGAUGAAAACCCAGCAGCAGUUUACCAAAGAAUAUUUGGAGACCAAAGGUCAGACAGACACACCACCUGCCCUGCAGCAGCAGUGCUCACUUACAGGGGUCUUCCCAGAAGUGGAAGCCGAUAAGGGUCUGCCAGAGGCUAACUUUUCAGGGUUACCUCAGGUUGACACAAUCUUGUCUAAAGAUGAUGAGCAACACCAGUCUCCACCACCUGCUGAACAAAUAGAGUUUGUCCCCAUCCAGCCUUUGCCAGCACCGCAAUGUAAUUUUUCUGGUAACUUAGGUUAUAAUGGGACAGAGUCUCUUGAACUUCAGAAAGCAUUAGGGAAUCAGCAGAAUGUAGGACAGCAGCAGCAAAUUGCUGGGCAGGGGCUCUUAGUUCAAGAACCAGACGGAUUAAUGGUUGCCACUCCAGCACAGACGCUUACCGACACUCUUGAUGACCUAAUAGCAGCUGUGAAUAGCAGAGUGCCCAGUGGCUCCACCAGCUCCUCGCACAGAACCGAGUCCCCGACGCCCGAGCCCUGCCCGCAGGCAGCCAGCAAUGUGCCCCCGCAGUCCGUGCUCCCCAUGUACCCAUCCGUGGACAUCGAUGCACAUACUGAAAGCAAUCACGACACUGCGCUGACCCUCGCAUGUGCGGGAGGGCACGAGGAGCUUGUGUCUGUGCUGAUCGCCCGUGGUGCCAAUAUUGAACACAGAGACAAGAAGGGUUUUACACCCUUGAUUCUGGCUGCAACUGCUGGACAUGUUGGUGUCGUGGAAAUUCUUCUGGACAAAGGUGGGGAUAUAGAAGCACAGUCGGAGCGCACGAAGGAUACUCCGCUUUCCUUGGCAUGCUCCGGUGGACGCCAGGAGGUUGUUGAUUUGCUGUUGGCGCGGGGAGCAAAUAAAGAACACAGGAAUGUGUCUGACUACACGCCGUUAAGCCUUGCUGCAUCUGGUGGCUAUGUUAAUAUCAUCAAGAUUCUUCUCAAUGCUGGGGCAGAAAUUAAUUCCAGGACUGGCAGUAAGCUGGGCAUUUCUCCUCUGAUGCUGGCUGCUAUGAAUGGCCAUGUCCCUGCCGUGAAGCUGCUGCUUGAUAUGGGCUCUGAUAUUAACGCCCAAAUCGAGACCAACCGCAACACAGCCCUCACCCUGGCCUGCUUCCAGGGCCGGGCAGAGGUGGUCAGUCUGCUGCUGGACAGGAAGGCCAAUGUCGAGCACAGGGCAAAGACUGGUCUCACACCUCUGAUGGAAGCAGCUUCAGGAGGCUAUGCAGAGGUUGGAAGGGUUCUCCUUGAUAAAGGAGCAGAUGUGAAUGCCCCACCUGUGCCUUCCUCGAGAGAUACGGCUUUAACAAUUGCAGCUGAUAAGGGUCACUACAAGUUCUGCGAGCUCCUCAUUAAUCGAGGGGCACACAUCGAUGUUCGCAACAAGAAAGGAAACACCCCGCUGUGGCUGGCAGCUAACGGUGGGCACUACGACGUGGUGCAGCUGCUUGUGCAAGCAGGGGCAGACGUGGAUGCUGCAGACAACAGGAAAAUUACCCCUCUUAUGUCAGCAUUUCGCAAGGGGCAUGUGAAAGUAGUUCAGUUCCUGGUGAAAGAAGUGAACCAGUUUCCUUCAGACAUUGAGUGCAUGCGCUACAUAGCGACCAUCACGGACAAGGACCUGUUGAAAAAGUGUCACCAGUGUGUGGAGACAAUUGUGAAAGCUAAAGACCAGCAGGCUGCAGAAGCCAAUAAAAAUGCAACUAUACUGCUGAAGGAGCUAGACCUGGAAAAAUCAAGAGAGGAAAGCAGAAAACAAGCUCUUGCAGCCAAAAGGGAGAAAAGAAAGGAAAAGAGAAAGAAGAAGAAAGAGGAACAAAAAAGAAAACAAGAAGAAGAUGAAGAAAACAAGCCUAAGGAAACUCUGGAACUGCAAGAAGAUGAUGAUGAAGAAGAAAAUGAUGAUGAAGUGGAGCAAGAAGUUCCUAUAGAGCCUCCAAGUGCAACUACUACAACUACAAUUGGAAUUUCUGCAACUUCAACUACCUUCACAAAUGCCUUUGGGAAGAAGAGAGCUAAUGUGGUGACUACCCCCAGCACAAAUAGAAAAAAUAAGAAAAAUAAAACAAAAGAGACUCCUCAGAAUAUGCAGAUAAUUUUGCCAGAUCAGCAUAUAUCUCUAGCACAGCAAAAAGCAGAUAAAAAUAAAAUCAAUGGAGAGCCAAGAGGUGGUGGUGCGAGUGGGAACAGCGAUUCAGAUAACUUGGAUAGCACAGAUUGCAACAGUGAGAGCAGCAGUGGAGGGAAGAGCCAGGAGCUGAACUUCACGAUGGAUACGAACUCCUCGGAGCGGCGCUAUGCCUCACUGCUCAUCCCCUCUCAGGAAGAAAAAAACAGCACCUCAGCUUCCAAAACACCAACGAGGAGAGAAGAAGUUGAUGACUCUGAGCAUUUCACCUGCCAGGUUGAUGGCCAGUUUGAUAUAACCUUGUCGAGCCAGAGAGUUGACGGUGAAGGUCAUUCGAGUUCUUUGUCGACUACUUAUAAGUCUGUUUCCCUGCCUCUGACCUCUCCAAAUGUAAAGCUGAAUCUGACCAGUCCAAAAAGAGGCCAGAAAAGAGAAGAAGGCUGGAAAGAAGUGGUUAGAAGGCAAGUGGGCAGAGUUCUGAAAGACCCUCCCCCCAGCAACACUCUGCAGCCAACACCAAUUGAGCAAUUUCAGCUGCAGAGAGGAGGGCGCUGCUGUUCCGGAGCAAAAAGGUCAAAGAAAUUAUCAGUCCCAGCUUCUGUCGUAUCUAGAAUAAUGGGAAGAGGUGGGUGCAACAUCACAGCAAUUCAAGAUGUCACUGGUGCCCACAUUGAUGUGGAUAAGCAAAAAGAUAAGAAUGGAGAGAGAAUGAUCACUAUAAGGGGUGGUACAGAGUCCACGCGAUACGCAGUGCAACUCAUCAAUGCCCUUAUUCAAGAUCCUGCCAAGGAACUGGAAGACUUGAUUCCUAAAACUCAUAUAAGAACACCUGCUUCGAGUACCAAAUCAAUCCACGCAAACUUUUCGUCUGGAGUCAGCACUGCGACUGCUUCCAACAAGAACUCGUUUCCUCUCGGAGCACCGCCCCUGGUCACAUCGCAGUCAUCGACACUAUCUACUUUCCAGCCUCCUAACAAAUUAAACAAGAACGUCCCAGCGAACGUGCGCUCAUCUUUUCCGGUGUCUCUUCCUCUCGCUUAUUCUCACCCUCAUUUUGCCUUGCUGGCUGCCCAAACUAUGCAACAGAUCCGGCACCCUCGCUUACCUAUGGCCCAGUUUGGAGGAACCUUUUCACCUUCACCGAACACUUGGGGACCAUUCCCAGUGAGACCAGUUAACCCUGGCAGCACGAACAGCUCUCCAAAGCAUAAUAGCUCGAGUCGUGUAGGUAGUCAGAAUGGAAGCGUUCUGCAGACGGAGUCUCCUGGGUUACCUACGUCCAGUUGUCCCAUUACCGCCUCGUCUGUAGCUGCUUCCACCCAGCCUCUGUGUGUGACCAGUAACCGGACUCCCUCCUCGGUCAGGAAGCAGCUCUUUGCCUGCGUCCCCAAGACGAGCGCUGCAGCAACAGCAAUCUCAACUGUGACGAGCACCUGUAGCACUCUGCCCUCAGCUUCCUCUGCCCCCACAAACAACGGGCAAGUGCCCACCGCGUUUCUGCCAUCUACUGCUCCGCAAGCGCAGCACUCUGCCCUGAAGGCGGAAUCGUUCUCGGCUGUCUCAGCACCCAAGGAGAAGGUGUCCACCCCCGAGCAGCCGCCAACAAGCGCGUGCCCGCCAGCUUCAGUCGCAAGCAGUUGCAGUGUGUCAGCCAGCAGCAGCUCAGGGGGCACCGAAACGCGCCCGGUGAGCAGCCCCGCACCGCUCAACAACGCGCAGGAGGAAAUUCUGCCAACCAGCAUGUCCGAGAUCAGCCCUUCCAUGUCGAUGCCUUUUUCAUCCAGCUCAGAAACUGCUCCUUUAAGCUUAGCGUCGCCCAGGUCAGUUGUUGCAGAUAAUCAGGACAACAGUAACUUACCUCAAGUAGCUGUACCAGCACCUCGAGUUACUCACAGGAUGCAGUCCAGAGGUUCUUUCUAUUCAGUGGUACCAAAUGCAAACCUCCAUCAAGAUCCUCAGUCUAUUUUUGUUACGAAUCAAGUUCCUUUAACACCUUCUCAAGGUCCACCUGCUGCAGUGCAGCUUUCGUCAGCCAUGAACGUUAUGAACGGUUCUCAGAUGCACAUUAACCCAGCAAACAAAUCAUUGCCUCCUGCCUUUGGGCCAGCAACGCUCUUCAAUCACUUUAGUAGUCUUUUUGAUAGCAACCAGGUGCCAGCUAACCAAGCAUGGGGAGACUGUUCACUCUCUACCCGAGCAGCAGCUGACCCAUCUUUCACUGUUCAGUCUACCUUUCUGAAUAACUCUGUGCUAGGACACGUGGAAAACGUUCAUCCCGACAACUCCAAGGCUCCUGGUUUCAGGCCACCUUCCCAGCGGGUUUCAACUAGUCCCGUAGGCUUACCCUCUCUAGAUCCAUCCAACAGCUCUACAACUUCUUCUUCAGGUCCUUUGACAGGCUUUUCAGCAAACAUACAAGGAGCACGGGUUUACCUUCAAGGGCCAGCGCCUGUUGGGACUCCCAGCUUUAACAGACAGCAUUUUUCACCACAUCCUUGGACAAGCGCAACAAAUUCAUGUAGGAACUUCAUGGCAGGUGAAUCUCCUAUUCCAUCAGUUUCCUCAGGAUCAUCUUCCCCCCUCUCAGCUGCUUCUGCACCUGCUAACUUGGGCCAGCCAAAAACGGGUAACGCCAACCCAGAUCGGAAGGUGCCGCCUCCCAUCGGGACAGAGAGGCUCGCCAGGAUCCGCCAGGGAGGCUCCGUCACUCCCACGCCCUUGGGAACCAACUUCACAGCCCCCGUGGGCCACAGCGGCAUCUGGUCCUUCGGAGUGAACAGCGUGUCUGAAGGCUUGUCGGGUUGGUCUCAGCCUGUCAUGGGAAGUCAUCCAAUGCAUCAGCAGCUGUCGGACCCGGGCACGUUUUCUCAGCAUCAGCCCAUGGAGAGAGAUGAUUCUGGAAUAGUGGCUCCCUCGAAUAUUUUCCACCAACCUAUGCCAAAUAGUUUUGUGGAUUUUUCUAAAGGCCUGCCCAUCUCCAUGUACGGCGGCACUCUGAUACCCUCGCACCCUCAGCUGGCAGAUGGCCCAGGAGGGCCCCUCUUUAACGGGCUCCAUACUCCAGAUCCUGCCUGGAAUCCCAUGAUCAAAGUUGUCCAGAACUCAACAGAAUGUACUGAUGCUCAGCAGGUACCCGCAUCAUCUGCGACCGCAAGUUCCUGCUGGAGUGCAAGAAUUCACCCGCGGCCAGGACCCCUCCCUGCUGCCUGCCCCAGAUCCCCGGUGUCACAUCCCUGGCCCAGUCCAGCCUCGUCAAGCUGGAGGAGCUCAAGGAGCGGAAUGAGAGCGAAGAGGCCAUGCCAGAUCAAGACCAGUUUGAGAUGGACAUCUGAGUUUCCAUCUCCCCGUCUCCAGGCCAUGGCUGGGCCUGUUCCUGGGCCUCGUGGAGGUGCUGGCACCGUGACCAGCUGGCUGCAGCCCUCUCUGAUGCUGGGGAUGGACGUGUGACACCUCAGGCUCUAGCACAAGUGGCUGGUGCAAUUGCCUAGGAGCUCAUGCUUGAUCAAUAAACACCGUGAAACCCC